AUGGUCCAGAAACUCAGAAUCGCUGCGUCUGGCCUCGGCCGCAUGGGCAAGCGUCAUGCCAUCAACUUCUUGCACCGCACCCCCCGCGCGCAGCUCGUUGCAGCCUUCACACCGGAUGAGAACGAGCUUGUUUGGGCACGACAGGAGCUGGAGCCUCACGGAGUCACUCUCUACACUGACUACGAUGAGAUGCUCACUCACGAGGGCCUCCAAGCCGUCGUCAUUGCCACCGUUACCAAGGUGCAUGCCGACCAGGCUAUCAAGGCCAUCAACAAGGAUCUUCAUGUCCUAUGCGAGAAGCCCAUCUCUCUCGACCUGGCCAAAUCCAUGGAGGUCGUCACUGCUGCCCAGCACAAGCCUCAUCUCAAGGUCAUGUGCGGCUUCUCCCGCCGUUUCGACUCAUCAUACAGAGACGCCUUUGAGAAAAUCGAGACGGGCUUGAUCGGCAGACCUUCCGUUAUCAGAUCUCAAACAUGUGACAAGCAUGAUCCUAGUGGCUUCUUUGUCAAGUAUGCGGCCCUGAACGGCGGCUGUUUUGUCGACAUGAGUGUCCACGACAUUGACCUGUCACUAUGGUUCUUUGGCGAGGACUCCCAAGUCAAGUCGGUAUCAGCAUCCGGCAUCACAGCUGUUUCUCCCGAACUUAAGGAGCACGGCGAUUGCGAUAAUGCCGUCGGCAUUGUUGAGUUCUGGGGCGGCAAGAUCGCCUACUUCUACAACUCGCGUAUGAUGGCGCACGGACAAGAGGAUACCACAGAGCUCAUUGGCACCGGCGGCAAGCUCACAGUCAAUGGAAACCCCCAAGCCAACUUUGUCAACUACUAUGGGCCCCAGGGUAUUACAAGGGAGGUUCCCGCGCAUUACUACGGUCGCUUCGAGUAUGCCUUUUUGCCUCUCAAGUUGACCAACGCUGUCAAGGCUGUCCAGAUUGGGUCUUACCUGCAAGAGGCACUGGAGUCAGGCAAGAAGUUGUACUUCGACGAGAUUGGCCGGCGCCUUGAGAAGCAGGCGAAGUUGUAG